AUGGCUAAUCGCGGCGAGCGUUUCGAUCCCCAUGUACACACCAUUUGUGAUCUGAAGCGACUGGGAAGCGCUCAGCUGCCUCAGAUGUAUAGAGAGUAUUACAAUGAGGGAGCAAUGGAUUUAUUGACCCUGAAAGACAAUGAGGCUGCAUAUAGACGAUAUAUGAUCAAACCAAGGAUAUUCAGAAACGUUGCCAAUGUCGACACGUCUUGUGAGAUCUUUGGGCAGCGUGUGAGCAUGCCUCUCGGCUUCAGCCCUGCCGCAAUGCACCGCUUGGCACAUCCUGAAGGGGAGCUCGCUGUCUCAAGAGCUGCAGCCAAACACAACAUUGCCAUGGGCCUAUCGUCCUACGCCACGGAGCCCCUGGAGUCGGUGAUAGCUGAAGGAGGAUCGAAUCCCUAUGCCAUGCAGCUUUGUGUCCUGAGAAACCGUGAGAUUUCUCAUCAAAUGAUUCGAAGAGCAGAAGAGGCUGGAUAUAAAGCAAUAUUGGUCUCCGUCGAUACGCCUUUGCUUGGUCGAAGACUAAACGAGCACCGCAACGAGUUUACACUGCCCGAGGAUAUGGGUUGGCCGAACUUGCUUUCGGACGGCAAGAAGGAACUUACCGGAAGAUCGAGCGCCGAGGACAAUGACACAGACUUUGAUCCGACGCUCACUUGGGAAACCGCCGUACCUUGGCUUCGGCGUCAAACAAAGCUACAGAUUUGGUUGAAAGGUAUCACCGCCGCAGAGGACGUGCGUCUCGCCAUAACACACGGGGUUGAUGGCAUCCUCGUGUCCAAUCAUGGGGGCAGGCAAUUGGAUGGGCAGCCUGCAACAUUGGAUUCGCUGCGCGAGUGCGCGGAGGCCGCCGGAGGCAAGAUACCAAUUGCCGUCGAUGGCGGCAUCAGGCGCGGAUCCGAUAUCUUCAAAGCACUUGCUUUAGGCGCGACGCAUUGUUUUGUUGGUCGGAUACCAAUAUGGGGCUUGGCUGUAAGUUGCGUGAUCAAAUAA